AUGAUGGCCCAGUCCAAGGCCAACGGGUCGCACUAUGCACUGACCGCCAUUGGCCUGGGCAUGCUGGUCCUGGGGGUCAUCAUGGCCAUGUGGAACCUGGUGCCCGGGUUCAGCGGCUCAGACAAGCCAGGGGCCCAGGGGAACAAGACAGAGACGGGUGGUGGUCUUCUCAAGAGCAAGACCUUCUCCGUGGCCUACGUGCUGGUCGGGGCCGGCGUGAUGCUGCUGCUGCUGUCCAUCUGCCUGAGCAUCCGGGACAAGAGGAAGCAGCGGCAGGGCGAGGAGAUUGCACGGAUCCAGCACCAGGCAGAGAUGGAGCCUCACGCCCAAGAGGAAGACAGCCAGGAGGAGGAGGAGGCCUCCUCAAGGUACUACGUCCCCAGCUAUGAGGAAGUGAUGAACACAAACUACUCAGAAGUGAGGGAAUUGGGCCAGAACCCCAGGAUGAGUAUCUCCCUCCCUUCCUAUGAGUCCUUGACGUGGCUGGACGAGAACAUGCCCACCAGCACCAGGGCCGACGUGGAGGCCGGCCAGGGGAACCCUCCCGACAGACAGAACUCCAAGCUGGCCAAAUGCCUGAAGCCUCUGAAAGUUCGGAGGAUUAAGUUUGAAAAGCUUCACCUCAAAGACUUUAGGAUCAACCUCCCGGAUAAGAACGUGCCUCCUCCGUCCAUUGAGCCCCUGACGCCCCCUCCCCAGUACGACGAGGUCCAGGAGAAGGCCCCGGAUACCCGGCCGCCUGACUGA